GAAACCCGUAAACCCUUCCUUUUCUAAACCCCUCUUUUAGGGUUUUAGCACUCACCUCGCCACUCUUCAGCACAAGAGAAUCCACCACAGCAAGGAAAGGAACAAUGGCUUUCCUCAGUAGAGCUGGAAAUAUACUAAGGCAAGUGACAAGUAGGAAGAUCAGUUCGGAUUUAUGUGAAAUCCCGUCUGUUUUCCCGUCUGCACGGUGCAUGUCAAAUGCUCCAAGUACAAAGCUGUUUAUAGGAGGUGUUUCGUAUUCCACUGAUGAGCAAAGUUUGAGGGAGGUUUUUGGGAAAUAUGGUGAUGUUGUUGAUGCAAGGAUAAUUGUGGACCGUGAUUCUGGCAGAUCCAGAGGAUUUGGGUUUAUUACUUACAGUUCCGUUGAGGAGGCGUCAAGUGCCAUUCAGGCCUUAGAUGGGCAGGAUCUACAUGGUCGCCGAGUUAAGGUAAAUUUUGCAAGCGAAAGACCUCGUGGAUUUCAAGGUGGUGGUUUCGGUGGCUCUUUUGACAAUGCUCCCUAUGGUGCUGGAGCUGGUUCUGGAUACCAAGGUGGUUAUGGUAACUCUCCAUAUGGUGCAAGUUCAGGUGGUGGUGGCAGCUAUGGCGGUGCACAUGGUGCCAAUGUUGCUGGAGGUUUUGGUAACGGAAGCAGUGGAUAUGGCGGAGACAGCUAUGGAUCAAGUGGAAACACUUACAGCAGUGAGAGUAGCCGAGGUUAUGGUGGAGGAAACGAUAUUGGUACUUAUGGUAAUGCUGCUGCUAGUGGUGGAGGCUAUGGUGGCUAUGUCCCGGCUUCUGGAUUUGACAGGAGCAAUAAUUACAACACUUCUGCUGGAUUUCCUAACAGUGAUAACUAUGCCAACGCUACUGGUGGUGGUGGAAACAGUUUCCCCAGUAGUCAAUACAAUGGAAGUGCCAUGGCCGGGUAUGGCAGUGGUGGUGUGGGUUCUGGCAGCAGUUUUGCCAGUGGAUAUGGAGCAACGGGACAUGGUAGCACUAAUGAAUGCAAUAACGAUCAAGGAACUGCUGUGGAUGAUUUUGGAGGCUCCAUGGACUAAAAUUUCAAGGGUGACUAUGAGGAAUCCGAUGCUUAUGCAAAACGGGCUUGAUUUGAAUUUAAAGAGUUCUUAGGUUUCUAGUGCUCUUUUUCAUAACCCCUCUGCUAAAAUUUCAAUUUUUGUUGCUUGGUGGUUUUUUUAUUGGGUCCUAAGUAUUUGAUUGAAAAUU